ACAGAAGCCGAGCCACUGAGCAGCAGACACGCUCGGAUGAUGGAGUUCUUCAUAGGAAACCCGUUUUCUACACCCGUGGGUCAACUUAUAGAACAUGCCACCGGUUCUUCUCUCCCGUCUGAAGACUGGGGCCUCAACAUGGAGAUCUGUGACACUGUCAAUGAAACGGAUGAAGGACCUAAAGAUGCAGUCAGAGCAAUAAAGAAGAGGAUUCUGGGAAAUAAGAAUUUCAAAGAGGUUAUGCUGGCUCUGAGUGUGUUGGAGGCCUGUGUGAAGAACUGCGGGCACAGAUUUCACGUCUACGUGUCCACCAGAGAUUUUGUGGAAAGUGUUUUGGUCCAAACAAUCCUGCCUAAAAACAACGCCCCAGUGUUUCUUCAGGACAGGGUCUUGAGCAUGAUACAGGCUUGGUCCGAUGCCUUUCGUAGUUCUCCAGACUUGACGGGUGUCGUGACCGUCUAUGAGGAUCUCAGGAGAAAAGGCGUGGAGUUUCCCAUGGCUGAACUGGAUAGCUGUUCCCCUAUUCACACUCCCAACAUGACCAUCGAGUCUGCGUCGCCGGAAACAGCUCACACAGAAGGUCACUCCGUCAAAUCCACCCAGACACAGGAUACAGAGACACCUGUCACGCUGUCUCCUCAACAGAUGAAGACACUGAAGUCCGAACUGGAGGUGGUGCACAAUAAUAUAUGGGUGAUGUCAGACCUGAUGAGUCAGAUGCAGCCUGCAAGUCUUGAGCCAUCGGACACAGAGCUACUACAGCAGCUCUACUCCAUGACCAAAGACAUGCAGGGCCGGAUGGUGGAGCUCAUCCACAGACUGAGCGAUGAGAAGCUUAUAGAGCAGUUACUCAGUGCCAACGACCACGUUAACACCACCUUUACUCAGUAUCACAGAUUUGAAAGACAUCUCAACAAACAGAGCAGUGCACAAUCUAAUCCAGCGAACACAAACCUCAUUGACUUGGGUACUUCCAACCACAUAAAGUCACCAUAUGCUGCUCAUAGCCCAGUCAGCACACUGACCAAUCAGAUGGCUGGAUUGAGCACAAAAGCUGAUGACUUAAAGCAAAAUAAAAGCAGCUCAUCGCAAAAAAGCAGUCCAGAAAGCUCUGCUGCUCUUGGGGGCCUAGCAGCCAAUCAGAGAGAGCGACAGGACCCUGGAGUGAUUCCUGUCAGUCAGAGUGAAGUGAUGGACGACUUUGAACGAUGGCUGGAUGGAGAUGAUGAAGAUGACUCUGAAGGAGUGACUAGUGAAGAGUUCGAUAAGUUUUUAGCGGAGAGAGCGAAAGCAGCAGAGCGUCUUCCCUCAGUGAAAGCGUCACAUCGUGACCCAGGAUGGUCACAACUGUAGUUUUUCUCCUCAUUCGUAACUUCCAGCUCAAAACCACUUCUCAGUUUAUUCAUAGUGUUUUUGGUUGAUUUCUAACCACGUAAUGUCUUUAUCAAACUUUAGGUCUAAGGCCUGGUUUCUGACUGGGUUUAGACUAAGCCAGGAUUAGGCCAUAGUUCAACUAGGACAUUUAAGUCAUUUUUUUAACAUGCCUUAGAAAAAAAAAACAAGGGCACUGAUGUAUUUUGAGAUCAAUCCGUGCAAGUUUCUUUCAGUUGAAACUGAUCUACAUUUAAUAAAAUUGAUUUACAUUUUAGUCGGGAACUGUCUGUGAAGUUAGGUGUGGGUCUUGGAGAGGUUUCAUUUUUAAAUAUUAUGAAAUCUCUUUAGAACUAGACCGUGAUUUCUUCAGUCUGUUGUAGAGGUUACUCUUUUAAUGGAGAAAUGCUCCAUGGUCACC